AUGGAAGGCCUAGUUAAGGGUUUGAUCAACGUUGCUUUGGGCGGUGAAGAAGAAGAAGCACCACAGAGGAGAGACUCUCAAUCUCGUGAUGAAAACGUUGAACAGCGCUCCAGAUCAACUUGGGCUCAGGUGGUAUCUGAUGAGCCAGAAAAUGAAGGGUUUAGCAGGGAUCGUCGACAUGGACAUCAUAGAGAGGAGGAGGAGAACAAUUAUGGCAGGAACCAGUGGGAAUCAACCGGAUCGCGGCCUGUGAGGCCCCAGAGUGCAUCAUACCAAGAUGAUGGCUACAAUAGGCAGAAUGAUGAAAGAAGCAAAUAUAACAAACAGGAAGAAGCAGAGAGUAAUGAUGGUUGGGAGACUGUAGGGAAAAAGCCUUCAAGAUACCAGAAGAUACAUACAGAUCAUUGGAACAACUAUAAAUGUGCUCCUGAAGAACAAACCUACGCUAGCGAGGUCAGUUAUGGAAAUGAUAUGGAGCCUUCAAGAGAAGAGCUUGCAGACAUAUCAAAAGCUUGCAGCAAACUUUGGGAACUUGACUUGAAUCGUUUAGAACCUGGAAAAGACUAUGAAAUUGAUGUUGGUGAGGGAAAGAAGGUUUAUGAUAGAGGAGACAGAGCAGAAGGAAGCCUCUUUUCCUGGGUGAAUGAAGACAUAUUUAGGAGGCCUACCUUUUCUCGUUUCUGUUCCCUUCUUGAUAAUUACAAUCCACAUCAAGGGCAGAAGGAAAACGUAACAUCUCAAGAGAAGCAAGAGCAAGCAGCAUUCAUUGAAGAAAUUAGUCGAACUGCACCGUUCAAAUAUUUAUACAAUUAUCUAGUAGCAAAGGGCAUUGUCUCCCCAGGUUAUGAAGAAUUCAAGAGGAUGAUGACUAACUUCUGGUUUGACCUUUACAGCCGAGGCGGUACAUAUGGUUCAUCUUCCGCUUUUGAGCAUGUUUUUGUUGGAGAAAUCAAGCAACAGGGAGAGCAAGAAGUCUCUGGGUUUCACAAUUGGCUUCAGUUUUAUCUUGAAGAGGCAAAGGGGAGAGUGGAUUAUCAAGGUUACAUUUUCCCUCGAAGACGCGGACAGAUUCCUGAUUCAGAAUCUCAGUUGCUGACGAUUCAGUUCGAAUGGAAUGGAGUUCUGAAAUCAGUAUCCAGCACAUUGAUAGGAGUGAGCCCUGAAUUCGAGAUGGCACUCUAUACUCUAUGUUUCUUCGUGGGAGGAGAAGAUAAUAAUAUUGAGCUGGGUCCAUAUCCUGUCAAUGUGAAAUGCUAUCGUUGUGGAAACAAACUAGGUUCAGCUUUCCCUAUAGCAGAGUGUUAA